AUGCUCCGAUGCUGGCCGGGCAGUGGUGACCUGCAUGUGGGCGGCCGGACCAUCGUCCGGUAUUUUCCUGCUGCGGGCCGCGGGCACCUCGUGCCCCAAGUCGAGAUCAUCAGGGGCGGCCGGACCAUAGUCCGGUAUUCCUCUGCUGCGGGCCGCGGCCGCGGCAGCAACAACAACAGCAGCAGCAGCAGCAGCAGCAGCAGCAGCAGCAGCCGCCAGAACCACCACGGCAGCGGCGACGACGACGACGAUGAUGAUAACGCCGCCAUUUACGAGGACGAAAAGGGCGAGGAAGAGGACGAAAAGGAGGACGACGAGGACGAGGACAAACUCGCUUGA